UGGAAGGGGCGAAAGAGAACAACUCAGGGGGAGAUCACUUAAGAGUUUAAAACAGAUAUAGAUUAACGAGUUAUUGCAGGAAAUUUCCUCACCAUGGUGAAAUUACGAGCCCGGUGUGUUCUUGUCGGAGAUGCAGCGGUAGGAAAGACUGCCCUGUCUCAGACGUUCUGCAGCGAUGGUUCACACUUCCAGAAAAACUACAGCAUGACCGCUGGUGUGGAGCUUCUAAUGAGGUUUGUCAACAUUCCAGGGACCAGCGACAGUGUGGAGCUAUAUAUCUUCGACUCUGCAGGACGGGAGACUUUUGUGGAGGCAUGUGAGAAAAUGUGGGGGCAGCCGUCUGUGGUGUGCGUGGUGUUUGAGAUCAGCAGCCUGGACUCGUUCAACAGUUGCAGUCGCUGGCUAGAGAGAGUCCGGGCACACUGCAACGGACUGCAGUUACCAGGUGUGUUAGUGGGGAAUAAGUCGGACCUGGCAUCGAGGAGAGAGGUAGAGACAGCCAUGGCACAGGAGUGGGCACAAGAACAAGGUCUUCAGUACCACGAGACCUCCGCUAAAGAGAUGGAGAAUUGUGAUGCCCCUUUUCUGAGUUUAGCCCAAGCCUUUCACACUCUGUAUCAGGACCAGAAACAGAUGAUCCAGAGACUCUGUUAAGAAGCCACAGAGACUGACAUCCUCUCAUGGUCUGUUUAUUGAUUAUGCGUGUAUCUUCAGUCAUGAACUUUUAAAGAAUCCAACUAGCACGGAAAAAAAUCAUAUCUUACUGACAGACAGUUUCAUUGGUCAGUUUAUAUCCAACAUUGCACCAGUUUCCUUACGACAUCCUGCAAGGUGCAGGAUCUUCUUUAUAAUGCACGCAAUAUGACGAAAAGUGAAUGGACCCCCGACCAUCACAAACUUUCCCCAAGCCAUUAAGUUGGAAGGACGCAAGAAACAAAGCCAGAUAUACUUUAAUGCACUGUGAAAUUCUUUUUUCUUCACUAAUCCGUUUGAAAGUUGGCGUCGGAGCUCUGGGUCAGCCGUGACGCAGCACCCGAGGACCAGACCGGGUUAUUGGCCUUGCUCAAGGGCCCAGCAAUGGCAGAUUGGUGGAGCUGGGGCUUGAACUUGCAACCUUCUGAUUAGUAACCCAGAGCGUAAUCCACUAAGCUACACUGGACCCGGGUGUAUAGAAUGCUGUAAAAUUAUGUUCAUGCGUUUCCACAAAGACACGGUUCAACAAGGUUGAAGUAAACGAUCAAGACCGAGUGGCCUGCACAGAAACCUGUUCUCGACCCCACUGAGCACCUUCGGGAUGAAUUUAAAUGCCAACAUGCACCAGGCUUCUUCGGAGCCUGACCUCACUAAUGCUGUUGUUGCUGUAUGAGCUAAUCCCCGCAGCCAUGCUCAAAGUUCUAGCCUUUUGGGAAGCAUUCCUAGAAAGUGUGGGAUCUUCUAAUAGCAAAGACAAGGGGGUGAAUCUGGAGGAGGAAGAAUAUGAUGUUGGUCAGAUGUUCAUAAAUAGUGGCUAUGCAGCGUAUCGACUCGAUCUCACUCAGCGCCGUUAUUCUUCCAACAUCGUUUAAAUUUGCGUUUCUAUGCCGAUGAUUCACCAGUUUAUCUCAGCACGAACCCUUCUGUUGCUCUCCCUCCUCCUGCUCGUCUGCCUACAGGAAAGCAAAUGCUGAAUGACUUCAGACGUUCCCAGAAAGAAUUCUGACAAGACAGAAAUGCCAUUUUCGGUCAUCUGUUAUAAAUUCUGCAAUAAAAUGAUAACAGUAUUGCCCGCCUCUGGCCCUGUCUAAGCUUUCAGCAUGUUUAGUACAUCACAUCUCGAUUACUGAAAUAAACUUUUUUUUCUUGAAUAUUAUAAACUUUAUGCCCUGUACCUGCUUUUCAGGCACAGUCUGUAUAAGAUUCUGUUUAUUAUAUUUAAAACACUCCAUGGGCUACCUUUCUGAAUAGCCCAUCCCCUAUACAGAACCCCUCUAACUAUAGAAUAUAUCACAUACAAACCUCUAGAGUUUGGAACCUUGAGCAUCAUUGCCCUGAAACGCUGACUCGUGCAGUGAUUG